AUGGACUUCUCCGACGAUCCCUUCUUCGCCGACAUCCAGUGGCGGAUCCUGCGCCUCAUCGCUGACGACGACGACGGGGAAGAACCAUCGGCGGCUGGGGAGAAGAGAAGCGCCGCCACCGCCACCGCCACCGAGCAGAAGGGUCGCCGCCGCCGUGGGGUGUCUCCUCCGGCGAGGCUGAUCGGGCCUGCGCCGCCGUCGAAGAGGGAGGGGACUGGGGUGUUUAUCCCGGGAAGAAGUGUGCCACCUCCAUGGAAUAGAUAA